GCACGGCAUUGUUGCGGUAACGGUAACUAACUGUAUAAGCAGGAACGAGCACAGUGGCGAACGAGUGACGCUUAAAGUGAUUGCAAAAUUUGCAUUAUAAGUGCAUAGCGCGCGUCUAACGGUAUAUUUAAUAUUGCAUGUACGAAGCGACUUUUUAAACUUGAAAUAAUGCAUGAAGGCAACCAAAUAUGCAAACAGCAGUGAUAACGGUACUUAUAUUGAACAAAACACUAACAUGAAGAACAACAGUUGAAACAUGAACUUCGCCGGAUUAGCAAUGAAUCUAAGCUCCAAUUUAACAGCAAAUCAAACUAUAUACGACAACGACGAUAACAACAACAACAACGAACUACAUAACAACAUAACUGCUCACAACAACUCCUACUAUUAUACAAGCAAUAGCAACAGCGGCAAAAUGUUAGAGGCGCAAAACAUCACAACGGCAUUACUGAAUGCCACCACACAAAGUCUCAUCGAUCCCGAAUUCGAACAGUACGAGGAAAUCGAUGAAUUAUCACCCGAAUUACGCAACUUCGUGCGCAUUGUUGUACCCUUCUGUUUUGGCAUUUUCGCCGUGUCGGGCUUCUUCGGCAAUACGCUCGUCAUACUCGUCGUACUCUUCAAUCAACAAAUGCAUUCCACCACAAAUCUGCUAAUUGUCAAUUUAGCCGUUGCCGAUCUGCUUUUCGUCGUUUUCUGCAUACCAUUCACCGCAACCGAUUAUAUAACCGAGUAUUGGCCCUUCGGUGAUUUGUGGUGUCGUGCGGUGCAAUACCUAAUCGUUGUUACGGCUUUCGCGAGCAUUUACACGUUGGUGCUGAUGUCGGUCGAUCGUUUUUUGGCCGUCGUACAUCCAAUACGUUCGCGACAAUUGCGCACCGAGAAGGUGACGAAGAUUGCAAUCGUUACAAUGUGGGUGAUCAUUUUGUCCAUAUCGUUUCCGGUGCCACUAGUGCAUGGAUUAACGAAACUGGAACCGUUUCCAAAUGUCACCUAUGCAUUUUGUACAUUCUACGAAGAUAAUUUGAUCGUCAGCCAAACCAGCUAUCAGCUGAUAUUCUUCGCCUGCUCGUAUCUGCUGCCGCUCAUGGCAAUUAGUGGUCUCUAUGUGCGGAUGAUUAUGCGUCUGUGGCAUCAGGGCAGCGGCGUACAGAUGUCUGUGAAAUCGCAACGUGGCCGCAAGCGUGUCACACGUCUCGUUGUGGUUGUUGUUGUGGCAUUCGCAUCGCUAUGGCUGCCAGUACAGCUGAUUUUGCUGCUGAAAACGCUCGGCAUCUAUCAUUCGAACACGAAAUUCAAACUUCUGCUGCAAGUCAUCGCCCAAACGUUGGCCUACAUGAGCUCCUGCAUCAAUCCGUUGCUGUAUGCCUUCCUCUCCGACAACUUCCGCAAGGCUUUCUAUAAGGCCAUACACUGCUCGGAGAGAUAUCAGAAUUACUCAUCGGAUUUGCCGCCGCCAAGGCGUACAUCAUGCGCACGCACCUCGACCACUGGCCUGUGAAUUACCUGCAACGGCGCUGACGACGAGAACUGCGCGCACAACAGGGCGUAUGAGUAAUAAGCGAAAGGACUGCGAAGUGACGCUUCUGCGGCGGGACUCACUGUGGACUGGCGAGUGUAAUGAUAAAUUAUGUCGCUUAACGCCAACUUUCGCCGCACAUCCGGCGAUUUGGGUGAACGAAGUAAAUAAAUAUGUCUAUGUAUAUACAUAUACGUGUAUAUAUAAGUAUGGAUUUAUGUUUGUAAGAAUUUAAUGACAACGUAUAAAUAAAUAAUA